GACAUAAUUUUUAUUAUAUUUAUCUUUAUUACAUAUUACACAGUGUUCACAAUAUAUAGUUCCUAUGUGUAUUUUAAUUUAUAAAUGUCUAUUAAAAUAAAGAAGAACGUUUUACAUAUUUGAAUUACUACAGAAAUUAAUUCAAAUUUCCCACUCAAAAGUAACAAACAUAAUCGAAACAUUAUUAAGAUCAAUUGACAUUUUCGAGUGUGAUUUAUAUAUUAAUUUAUUCGUAUUUUAAUUGUUAAUACAUGAAAUGGAAUAUGUGUUAUUUUAGAAACGUAAUAAUAUAUUUAUGUGUAAUUAUACUCUUUACUUUUAAAAAGGUCAUGGGAAAUGAUAUUUGAUCCAAAAGAUCAUCCACUUGAACUAUAACGUUUACAAGAUAACUGGAAAAAUAUAAAUAAGUAUUUUUAGUUCAAAUCUUGAAUUAUAAACAUUUGUCUCCUAACAAGCGUUUUGUUUAAAUGUAAAAGAAAUUGUUUCAUAGUUAUAUAUGAUAGUCACAGUGUAAUUAUUUUCAUAUAGCGUAAAGAAUAAUGUCAAAGAGAAAAGGUUUAACUUUGGAUGAAAAACGAGCGAGAAUGCUUCAAAUAUUUUACGAGAGAAAAGAAUUCUUUACGUUAAAGGAAAUAGAAAAAAUUGCACCUAAGGAAAAAGGUAUCGUUGCUCAAACUGUUAAAGAUGUUCUUCAAACGUUGGUAGACGAUGGCUUAGUUAGAACCGACAAAAUUGGAACUUCCGUAUAUUUUUGGACAUUUCCUGGAGAGAACAUAACUGCUGUAGAAAGUAGGAUAGCAUAUGCGACUAAAAGAAUAGUCGAAGCAGAAUUCAAGCUGCAGAAGUUGAAAGAAGAAUGUAUAAAAGAACAGGCUGGUAGAGAAGAUACAGAAGAGAGACGAAAUUUGUUACAACAAAUACAAUUAUUAAGAGAGAAAGAAAAUGAAUUUAAAAGUAAAAUCGCUAAACUCAGCGAAAUCGAUCCAGAAGUGAUUACAAAAAUGGCUAAAAGAGCACAGAUGUUCAAAGAGGGAACAAAUGUAUGGACAGAUAAUAUCUUUUCCAUUCAAAGUUGGUGCAAACAAAAAUUUGGUAUAGCAGAAGCGGAUCUCAAUAAACAAUUUGGUAUCCCCGAUGAUCUGGAUUAUAAGGAUGGUUGCACAAGUUUUCUAUUGGCUGUAAUAGUUUCACAUUUUAUUCUACCAACCAAUCAACGGCGUGGGAACGGUUGCACCACUUGCAUUUAUUCUACCAAUCAAUGAGCGACGCAAGUACACGCGAUGAUCGCACCUCUC